ACUUAACCUAAACCUAAAUACGCCAAUGCCUUUGCCAAAUUCAUGUGAAUUCUCUAACAAACAAAUGCCCGUUGCUAGCACUGGAAACCACUUUAUUACUCACCAGUACAGUUUCUCGCACCAAUUAAGCCCCAAAAAACCCCAUUUUAUCCUCACUUUAACUUUUACCUUUUGUCGCUAUAUUCAAACACAGUCUACAUUACCGCAUAAGAGGCAUAGAAAAAAAAACUCAUCAAUAGCAUUUCAUCAAUGGCCUCAAUGUUGAAACCCAUCCUCAUCACUCUCUUCACCACUUUUCUCAUCUCUCACCUCUCAGUACCGAAGAUAUCAGCAGCAACAGUAACAUUUUCCAACAAAUGUCCCCAUCCAGUAUGGCCAGCCAUCCAACCCGGUGCCGGAAAGCCCAUUCUAGCCCGCGGCGGCUUCUACCUCGCACCAAACAAAGCCUAUUCUCUCCAAGUCCCACCUCUCUGGUCAGGCCGUUUCUGGGGCCGUCACGGUUGCACCUUCGACGCAUCCGGCCACGGUCACUGCGCCACCGGAGACUGCGGCGGAUCUCUCUUCUGCAACGGAAUCGGCGGAGCACCACCUGCCACACUCGCUGAGUUCACACUCGGAAAGGAUAUGGAUUUCUACGACGUGAGUCUCGUCGACGGUUACAACUUGCCGAUUUCCAUUACUCCGAUGAAGGGAUCUGGAAAAUGUAGCAACGCCGGUUGUGUGAGUGAUCUGAACUUGAUGUGUCCGGUGGGGUUGCAAGUGAGGUCACGUGAUAAGCGCGUGGUGGCUUGUAAGAGUGCUUGUUCUGCUUUUAACUCGCCUAGGUAUUGCUGUACUGGUAGCUUUGGAAGCCCACAGGCCUGUAAGCCCACUGCUUAUUCUAGAAUCUUCAAAACUGCUUGCCCAAAAGCCUACUCUUAUGCCUAUGAUGACCCCACCAGUAUUGCUACUUGCACCGGUGCUAACUAUUUGAUCACUUUCUGCCCUCAUCACCACCGUUGAUUUAUUACUAGUACUAGCUUCAUAUCAUUAUUAAUGUGUUACCAUUAAUGUCUUUAUGUUUAUUUAUGUCAUGGAUAUUUUAUGUUUGGUAGUAGAAUAUCUACUAGAUUUUUUGUUUUGUUUUAAUGUAGCACUAUAUUUAUCAAAUUUUAUUAUUACGGUUGGUUAAGCUUAUUUUGCUUCUUAA